UUCAGAUAUUCUUCCAGGGAAAAAUCAGGAAUCCAGGAUUCCGUUUGACAGUUGGCGCUUGCCAUCGCCUCCCGCCAAAUCCAGUCCACCCGCUAUCCUACAACCCCAUCCCUUCCGCUCCCCCUGGCGCCUGCUCCUGAUACCUCUCUGGUGCUUCUGCCGCCGGUCGCCGCCGAUGGAGGCCACCGGCCGCGGGAUCUUCCCGAACAAGCCCACCCUCCCGGCCGGCCCCAAGAAGCGGCCCCCUCCGCACACGGUGGCCACCCCGCUCCUGCCGCCCGCGCCGCCGGCGCCGCCGUCGCGCUCGUCGCUCCCGCUCGACUCGCUUCUCCUCCACCUCACCGCGGCUCCGGCUCCGGCGCCCGCCACGCGCCGGCCGCACCCCACACCGACCCCGCCGCACUCCUUCCUCUCCCCCGCCGCGCAAUCUCUUGUGGCUGCUAUCUCCUCGCAGCCGCUCCCGUCGCUCCCGGCCUUCCUCUCCUCCCGCCGUGACGAGCUGCUGCGUUCUGACCUCCCCUCUCUCCUCAAGGCGCUAGAGUUGUCCGGCCACUGGGAGUGGGCUCUGGGGCUUCUACGCUGGGCCCGCGCGGAGGGCGCCGCCGAUGCCGCGGCACUCGAGAUGGUCGUCCGCGCGCUCGGCCGCGAAGGCCAGCACGACAUUGUCUGCGACCUGCUCGACGAAAUGCCGCUCCCGCCCGGCUCCCGCCUCGACGUCCGCGCCUACACCACCGUGCUGCACGCGCUCUCCCGCUCGGGUCGGUAUGAGCGCGCGCUCGAGCUAUUUGCCGAGCUCCGGCGCCAGGGCGUGGCGCCCACGCUCGUCACCUACAACGUCAUGCUCGACGUGUACGGGCGGAUGGGGCGGUCGUGGCCGCGGAUCGUUGCGCUGUUGGAGGAGAUGCGGGCCGCCGGCGUCGAGCCCGACGACUUCACCGCCAGCACAGUGAUCGCGGCGUGCGGCCGUGAUGGCCUCCUUGAUGAGGCGGUCGCCUUCUUUGAGGACCUUAAGGCCCGUGGCCACGUUCCGUGCGUUGUCACAUACAAUGCACUGCUGCAGGUGUUUGGCAAGGCCGGGAACUACACCGAGGCGCUGCGGGUGCUCAAGGAGAUGGAGGAUAGUGGCUGCCAGCCGGAUGCCGUCACGUACAACGAGCUUGCCGGGACAUAUGCUAGGGCUGGCUUCUUUGAAGAGGCUGCCAAAUGCCUUGACACAAUGACCAGCAAAGGAUUGCUGCCUAACACGUUCACCUACAAUACAGUCAUGACAGCAUAUGGGAAUGUUGGUAGGGUGGAUGAGGCACUCACGCUGUUUGAUCGGAUGAAGAAGAAUGGGUAUGUUCCUAAUGUGAACACGUACAAUCUUAUCUUCGGUAUGCUGGGGAAGAAAUCGAGGUUCGCGGCAAUGCUGGAGAUGCUUGGGGAGAUGUCAAGGAGUGGAUGCACACCGAAUCGGGUCACCUGGAACACGAUGCUGGCUGUCUGUGGGAAGCGGGGUAUGGAGGACUAUGUUACGAGGGUACUCAAGGGGAUGAAGUCUUGUGGGGUUGAGCUGAGCCGAGAUACCUUCAACACACUGAUAUCUGCCUAUGGUCGAUGUGGUUCAAGGACCAAUGCUUUUAAGAUGUAUGAUGAAAUGACCAGUGCUGGCUUCACCCCUUGCCUGACCACAUACAAUGCUUUGCUGAAUGUGCUGUCACGGCAAGGUGAUUGGUCCACUGCUCAGUCCAUAGUAAGCAAAAUGCUGAAGAAUGGAUUCAAACCCAAUGAUCAGUCAUAUUCACUACUGCUCCAGUGCUAUGCAAAGGGUGGCAAUGCAGUUGGGAUAGAGUCUAUCGAGAAAGAAGUUUAUAACGGCACCAUUUUUCCUAGUUGGGUUAUCUUGCGGACACUUGUGAUCGCCAACUUCAAGUGCCGGCGAUUGGAAGGGAUUGAGAAGGCAUUUCAAGAGGUAAAGGCACAGGGUUACAAGCCUGACCUUGUCAUAUUCAACUCCAUGCUUGCAAUGUAUGCGAAGAAUGGAUUAUAUAGCAAGGCCACGGAAAUGUUCGAUUCAAUCAAGCAUAGUGGGCUGAGCCCUGACCUAAUCACUUACAACAGCUUAAUGGACAUGUAUGCCAAGUCUAACGAUUCUUGGGAAGCUGAGAAAAUACUGAAACAGCUCAAAAGUUCUCAGGUGAAACCUGACGUAGUGUCAUAUAACACCGUCAUUAAUGGAUUCUGCAAGCAAGGUCUGAUCAUAGAAGCUCAGAGGAUCCUAUCUGAGAUGAUCGCUGAUGGCAUGGCUCCUUGUGUUGUAACCUAUCACACACUAGUUGGAGGAUACGCUAGCCUGGAGAUGUUUAAUGAGGCCAGAGAGGUCGUCAGCUACAUGAUUCAGCACAACCUGAAGCCUAUGGAGCUGACCUACAGGAGAGUAGUCGACAGUUACUGCAAAGCCAAGCGGUACGAUGAAGCCCGUGACUUCCUGUCUGAAGUUUCAGAUACUGACCGAAAUUUUGAUCAGAAGUUUCAGCACAUGCUUGAAACCCGUAUAAAGGACGCUCAAUUUGGAAUAUAAGCUACUACACCGAAAUGCAUCUUAUGCCAUUUUUAUCUUUGUGUGCUCUUCAAGGACAUGGAGUUUCCAAGUUUUGGUAGGGAAAUAUCAGUGUAGAGCCUGCAUUUGCCAUGGGUGGCAUGUUACUGCACCUGCAAAUGGUGCCGCACAACUUCAAAUUAAAUAGAUUUUCCUCACUCUUCAACAAGCGUACAAUGUACUUAUGAAACCACAUUGUCUGUGCAUAGUGUCUGGAGAAGUAUAAUCUGAUAGAUCGUCCGAUUGUUCUGAGCAUAGAGUGCAGCUUAAUUGGUUAGCAGCAAACUCUCAAUUUCUCAUGAA